CUCACUUUUUAAAUAAAUAUUUUUGUUUAUGAUGCCGUUUUUGUUUUACUAAGCAGAUAACGUUAUAUAAUAGUCUAUACAUAACAAGCAACUGAGCUCAGUAGCUAGCAAGCUAAUGAGGCUGAAGCCGUAAUAGACAGCUAGUUAGCUAGCUACCAAACUAACUACAGUAGCUGACGAUCGAGUUAACCAACGUCAGCUACCUUGUGUUCACUGGAACGCCUACCCGCCUGCUUUCUGGAGGUCUAAGGAAGAGCCAGACUUUCCGUCAUGUACAGCCCUAAGGAACUUGAAGGAGAAGUGGAUCAUUCUUUCUUUGAUAGUGAUUGUGAUGAACAUGGAAACGACAGAGGAGAUAACUCUAGACGUAUCAAUGGUGCAAACAAUAAUACAUCAAAGCAAGUGGAAGAUGAAGUUACAGAGUUUGGGGACAUUCCGUUCAUCAAAGAAAAAAAGGGUAAUGGUUCUCUGAAUGAUGACCGUAGCCGACCUUCCAGCUCUUCUUCAUUGCUCAGCUUUGAGGAGCAAUCCGAAGCAGACAGCAGAAGGUCAGACGGCAAUCCCAGCAGCCACUUCCAAAUCACGACCAAAAUCCCCACGGGCUUAUCAGAUGAGGAGAAGGGGAAGGACGAUGGCGAGGACGAAGACGGCUACAGACAGAGCGAGGAGGACAGCGAGGAAGAUCUGGUUCAGAGGCCUCCCAGGUGUAAAGUGGUGCAUCACGGCCUUCCCAGGAAAUCCAGCGGGAAGUUCAAGAGUGGGAAGUACAGCCCGCCCUCCUCGUCCAAGUCAGAGACUUCCUACAGCAGCGAGGAGAGCUCAGCCUCUGAUUUUUCUCCCCAGAGGACCCCCGCCGGCUCACAGCCCGGUUCCUCCCCUCCGCACCGAGCCAAGCUGGGCGCGCUCGCCAGACGGGAGAGGCCGAGGGUCCCGGAGGAGGAGUCGGAGGACACGGUGACAGACGUGACCCCGCUGUCCACCCCCGACAUCAGCCCCAUACAGUCCUUCGAGCUAGCCCUGGGGAAGGAUGGAGAGCGGGAGAGUGUGAUUGUUAGACAGCAUAAUGUCAGAGGGGGCCUGUGUGUUGGACAUGCCCAUGAUGUGGAAUCAGUUUCUGAAGCUUUCAUGAAGCUGGAGAAGAAGCUGGAGAGGGAACUGGUGCUCGAGAGCCCCACGCGGAGGUUCCGGAAGAACUACUCAUUCAGCAACGACGAGGUGGUGCGCAUCGACCGGGAGAACCAGCGGCUGCUGCGGGAGCUGUCCCGCCGGACGCCCCGGCCCAAAAGCGCCGCCUUGAGGAAGCCCAGCAGCCCGCCCGUACGCCUCUACCACAGCGCGCUCAACCGGCAGCGCGAGCAGCAGAGGAUCGAGAGGGAGAACAUGGCCUUCCUGAAGAGGCUGGAGAUGGCGAAGCCCACAACUGGCAUGAGGAGGGCAGAGCAGCUGGCAGACUACCAACGGCAGGCCAGAUAUCUUGGAGCAGCACCCCCCUCCAAAUUAGAGAGGUCCCCUACCAGCAGGAGCUCAACAGCUAAGAGCUCCAGACUGUGCAGUGCCUCCAGCCUCCACAGAGCCAGACCAGCAUCCAGCGUGUCCACCACAGUAUCCAAGCCCAGCAGGGCUGCCUGGCCUUGAGGGGGCAUGGCAGUGGCUGUUUGUGUGUGUCUUUAAAUGCCACCUGAUUACAGCUUAGGACAUGCCCCAGCUGGAACUGUCCCUCCGCCCUGAUCCUGGAGGACUGUAGAGUCAGAGGUUCAUUGUACCCUGCGUUUGACUAAUCGUGGUCUCAAAAGAAUUAAUGUUACUAUGGUUAUAUAUAGAGCAGUGUAAAGCAGCAUGACAAUAGCCUCCCAGGGCCAGAAUCAGGGACCAGCCCAAAGCAUUUUGUGUUGUGCAGGUAGUGUGGCGCUUCAGUAAAGUGGAAAAAGCCGUAUCUUAAAGAAAUUGCUUAGACAUUGAACACAGCACUUAUUAAGAUGAGUAAACACACUAUCAAUGUGCUACUAAAGUAAUUACAUCUCUUGCUGUAUCAGUAAGCCAGUCAUACACAUUAAUAUUGCA